UUGCUGAUGUGUUGGUAAAACAUGAAGACAUCUCAGUGGCAAACUCUGGAGUGACAAGUUGUGGCCCAGAGAAGUCAUCAUGGUGUCUGAACUGGAUGGAAAGACCUUUAGUGACCUGUAUGGAGAGUGCAAUCACUCUGUGGCAGUUUCUGUUGCAAUUGCUCCUUGAUCAAAAACACGAGCAUCUUAUCUGCUGGACAUCCAAUGAUGGUGAAUUCAAGCUGCUCAAGGCUGAGGAGGUGGCCAAGCUAUGGGGACUGCGGAAGAAUAAAACAAACAUGAACUAUGACAAGCUAAGCCGUGCUCUCAGAUACUAUUAUGAUAAGAACAUUAUCAAAAAAGUUAUUGGCCAGAAGUUUGUCUAUAAGUUUGUGUCCUUUCCAGAAAUCUUGAAAAUGGACCCUCACACUGUAGAGAUGAGCAGGGAUAGCCUUUUGCUGCAGGACAGUGAUUGCAAGAUCCCAAGUGAUCUCCAUGAGAGGCACAAGCAAACCUUAUCAGCCCUGAAGAGUGCUAGCCGCAAUGAGUAUAUAAACUCAGGAUUAUAUUCCUCCUUCACCAUAAAUUCAUUGCAACACCAAACUGACAACUACAAGAUUAUUAAACGUGAAAUGAUUGAAGAGGAAGAGGAGGAGCUUCAAGAGGAAGAUGAUGAGGAAGAAGAAGAAGAAAGACCAGAAGCCAAAAGUCCUAUCGAGGAAGUCAGGACUGUUAUAAGAUUUGUUACAAACAAAAUGGACAAAGAAACUGUCCGGCCUGUAAUUUCACUGCCUUCUACUUCAGAAUCGGCAGCUGCCUCAGCCUUUUUAUCAUCAACCUGGUCUGCUAAAGGGUCUCCUCAUGUGUCACCAAAUGCAGCUAGUGUUUCUUCUUCACCACAUUCAUCACGAUCCCCUUCUCUGUCCCCUAAUCUGCCAAUAGAGCAAAGGAGCUUCUUUGUAGAUUAUCCUGAUACCAUGGAACCAUUAAACCUCUCAUCAGGGUCUAAAUCAAAGCUUUCCUGUUAUCCCCCAAAAGCCAAGAAGCCGAAAGGCCUGGAAAUAUGUUCUCCACCUCUUCUCCUUUCCAGUACUGAUAUUGGCUCAAUUGCCCUAAACAGCCCAGCACUUCCUUCAGGAUCUUUGACACCAGCCUUUUUUACUGCUCAGACGCCUAAUGGACUGUUGUUAACUCCAAGUCCACUCUUGUCCAGCAUCCACUUCUGGAGCAGCCUCAGCCCAGUAGCUCCAUUAAGUCCUGCCAGGUUGCAAGGACCAAACACCCUAUUCCAGUUUCCAAACCUGCUGAACAGUCACUUGCCAUUGCAGCUUCCAGGGCUUGAUAGGUCAUCAUCUCCAGUGCUGCUGUCAUCAAACUCUCAAAAGUCCUGAUGUUAUCUCAAGGCAUAAUGGACAUGUUCAAUUCCAUAAGCACUCCUGGAUGUCACAAAAACAGCGGGCAGGUCUGAAGUGCGCAAGACUGAUCACCUCAUAGUAUUCCCAUUCUUAAGAAAUUUCAGGUUAAACAUGGUCUCCUGUCAUCCUGGAUUUCAGUAUGUACGUCACAGGGUGGAUACCUGAAACUGGCCUGUACACUGUGUUAACCAAGAUGUCCCGCAUAUAUAAACUGUACCUGGACUGGUUGGUAGCUAGCUCCUUGAUAAAAGUCUGAUAGAAGGUGGUAUACUCGUAUAUUCCUCGUCCUGCCUCGAUACAAAAGACUCUGAAUGGUAUCCCAUGUAUGUGUGGCGCAUCACGAACAAGUACAGCAUUGUUCCUAUGACCCAGACCAAACUGCUAGAAUAUUUACUAGCAGGACAAAGGAUUUAUCAUGUAUUACAGGUUUUGUAUUCCAAUUUUAAAGGUCAAUGCGUAUUGCAGCAGAGAAGGAUGGAAAGCUCCUCACCCCAAUUCUAUGUUAUGCACUUCAGCUUAUAGAAACUAUAACCGGCUGUGCCUUCUUUUGCAUCAUUUUUUUUGUAAAUGUUUUAUAUAUAUUUUUUUUUCCUGCAUUAGGGGAAACCUUUAGGAAGAAAUACCUCUGAUAGAAUUUCUGUGCCAGUUUCCCCAAAUAUGUACUCAGCAAUGUUUAUAUUUAGUGCUUUUUUUAAUGUACAUGUAAUUAUGGACAUACACUGUUUCCAUUGUAGGGAAUAAAAAUAAAAUACUGUAUGUAAAUGUAAGAUUCCAAAAAUU